CUACCCCUUAUCAAAAAGAAGAAAAAAAAAGCAAGGUCAGAGCGACUGCUCGUGUUAAUAGGACUCUAGUUACUCCUCGCGGAGGCCUAUGGUUGAUCCUCUGCCAGGUCUGGUGGGUGGGACUACAAAAGCGCGGAAGUCGCAUUCUAAAGCAGGUGAUGAAGUGUUCCUUCACCUACUUCAGAAUGGAUUGUCGCGCUUUCGAAGUCCCACCCACCUGACCCAGCAAAGGAGCUUCCAUACGCCCCCACGAGGAUCAAGUAGGCUUCCUCAACUUACAACACUAUGUCUCAUCGCAGUCGGCUUGACAUCAACCGACGAGGAUGUCCGUUCACUGAUGGCAUCUUAGGCUGCUGCCAGGCCCUUGCCUGAGGGGCGGACUGAGCAAGCCAUAUUUUCAUCAACUGAAAAGCAUGGCGACCCCUUGACUCCAGGCUCCAGUGUUUCAUCAACUGAAAACACAGACGCUCAUUAGAUAGUUGAAUACAAUGC